UUGCUGGAUUUAAGAACACCUUGGGUGUUUCGUCGUGACAGCUGCUUCGGCUGAAAGCUCAGCCUGGUUGUCUUUGUCAUACGGUGACUUCAUGAACGAACCCCUCCCUGUCUUGCCAUUCAGUCCGAUGCGGUGUUUCAUAGUGUGAGGUAUGGACUAAAAGAUGAGAAAGCGCCGAGCUACUUCUUUAUUAGGAGGUGGAGGACACCUGAAGCGCAAGGCUGCCAUCACAGCUUUCAGAACAUCCAUGUGAAGAAGAGCGUUUUGCCUCAGCUGUUAGAGCCUGACAGCAGAGCAAACAGCUGCCCAGUGUUCAUCUUCCAGAAGCUGUUGACACCGGAUGCAGAUAAUUGGACAAAGAAAAGAACAAUAACAAACGUGUAACUGAUCCCAACACAACAUAAUGAAACCAGUUCAUCCACCAGUAUCUGUUGCGAGUGGAGUGUGAGGUCCAGCAGCCACUAUGCCAUGUGUGUAAAGGACCAGUGGUGGUGUUGUGGCCCCAGGCGGGAUGCUACUGGAAGCCGGUCAGUAUGACUCUGCUGGACUUGUGGCUGUCGCGCUCCAUCCCCAUGUGCCUGCUCCUCCAGAGCCUUGUCCUCAUGGCCCUGUGCUUCCCCUCGGCCAGCAUGUGUCCAAAGGGCUGCAGCUGUCUACGCGAUCCCCAUCUCCACGGUCUGAACGUCACCUGCAGUCAGUCCCGCCUCAAAGAGAUUCCCCCCAACCUCCCAGUCGACACUGUCCUCCUGAGACUGGACCACAAUCAAAUAGGUGCUGUGCCUGACCAAGCCUUCCGUGGACUCCGGCUUUUGAGGGAGCUGAAUCUCUCUUAUAAUGCAGUGGAAUCUUUAGGGGAAGGUUCCUUUAGUGGCAUCGAGGGGACAUUACAGGUGCUGGACCUUUCCCACAACCGCAUCACUAGCGUUCACAGGGAUGCUUUUGCUCGACUGAAGGCCCGCAUCAUUGUAGAUGACAAUCCCUGGCACUGCGACUGUGCCCUCCAGCAGGCCAUUGGAGGAAUGGCUCACAACCACGAGGCCGCAGCCAGGGUCCUCUGCAGGAGCUCCGAACUUCUCGAUCAGGAGGGUCGACCUUUCCUGGCAGUUGACACUGACCUGUGUAACCUGGCAAAAAGGACCACAGACUAUGCCAUGCUGGUCACCAUGUUUGGUUGGUUUGCAAUGGUUAUAUCAUAUGUGGUGUAUUAUGUUCGUCAAAACCAGGAGGACGCCCGGCGCCACCUGGAGUACCUCAAGUCUCUCCCCAGUAAGCCCAAGAAACCUGAUGAUGCUGAUGACAUCAGUACUGUAGUCUGACAGCAGCAUCAAAAUGGCUCUUCAUCACAGACUCAAUGAAAUGUUUACGCAUCAGGACCCACAUUUAUAGUGUUUACUACUUCAAACUACAGUCUCUGUGAGCAUCAGAAGGGUUUGUACUUUUGAACUUUUCUCGUGUGUCUUUAGCAGGCUGAGUUUAUGUUCAAAGUGAAAUCAGGCAAGAAUUGAAUCAAUACCCACACUAUAACAUUUUGAAAAAUAUAAUCUCAGGUUGAAA